GAGAGUAUUUUGGAGCCUCUCUCUCUGCCAGAAAGCCCAGCUGGUGAUGCUGCUGCAGAAACCUCCCCCUAUGUGCCUUGCAUUUUCUGCAAAGAGUGCUACCUCCUAGCGGAACAAAGCCAGCUCCUCAAGCACAUGAUCAUUGAACACAAGCUGGUCAUAGCAGAUGUGAAACUGGUUGCAGAUUUUCGAAGAUACAUCUUGUAUUGGAAGAAGAGGUUCACAGAGCAGCCCAUCACAGACUUCUGCAGUGUCAUAAGAACAAAUUCAGCAGCUCCGCUAGAAGAGCAGGACAAUUAUUUUCUCCUAUGUGAUGUUCUACCAGAAGACAGAUUACUUAGAGAACAGCUUCAGCAAAAGAGGCUGAGAGAAAUUAUAGAACAGCAACAGCAGGAGAGAUAUGACACAAGAUUUCAGAGCACAUGUAUGUUUUGUGAUCAGGAAUUCACAGGAAAUAGAUCUGUCCUUCUCAAUCACAUGGCAAGAGAGCAUGCUUUUAACAUUGGGCUGCCAGAUAACAUUGUGAAUUGUUAUGAAUUUUUGGCUAUAUUGCAGAAUAAACUUGACAAUUUGCAGUGUUUAUAUUGUGAAAAAGUCUUCAGAGACAAAAACACACUUAAAGAUCACAUGAGAAAGAAACAGCAUCGCAGGAUCAAUGCCAAAAACAAAGAAUACGACAGAUUUUAUAUCAUUAAUUACUUGGAAUUUGGAAAGUCCUGGGAGGAAGUACAGUCAGAAGAUGACCGGGAAUUGUUAGACAACCUAGAAGAAGACUGGUCUGACUGGGAAGAGCAUCCCAUGUGUGCAGUUUGCCUGUUCUGUGAACAACAAGCAGACACCACAGAAAAACUUUAUUCUCACAUGCAGAAAUCACAUGGAUUUGACUUUCUUAAAAUAAAGUCAGAGCAUGGACUGAAUUUUUAUCAGCAAGUAAAACUAGUGAAUUUCAUCAGAAGAGAAAUCCAUCAUUGUCGUUGUUACAUUUGCCAGGAGAAAUUUCAAUCUAAAACAGAAUUGAUAAGUCAUAUGGAAGAGACCAAACACAUUACAUUCCUGCCAGCCAAGUCGACAUGGGAUCAACCACAGUAUUAUUUUCCAACCUAUGAAAAUGACACACUCUUGUGCACACUGUCAGACAGUGAAGAUCUGACAGCUGACAAUAGUAGUGAGGAUGUCCCUGUUGUAAGUGAAGAUACAUGUAAUCUAAAAGCUCUUAAACAGAGCAGUGUUUUAAAUCAGCUCCUGUAUGAAGAGGAAAGAAGUCAGGAGAAACUUUGGCCUUCAGUUACCAUCACUGACCUUUGAUUGGUUCACCUCCAAGAC